AUGGCGCCUACUUCUUCUUCUACAACGCCGUCCUCGGGCGGGCACUCUCCCGAGGAACAGUUUCGAGUUGUGCGGAAGAGGAACCGAAUCCCGCUCAGCUGUACGCCCUGCAGGACUAGAAAGUUAAUUGUAAGAAAUCCCAAAAAGUGGGCAUGUCACCACCUCCGCACGUACUCAUUGCAUUCUGCUCACUAUCUUCGCGUAUUCAGGAAGUGUGAUAGGGCACACCCGUGUGGGAACUGCGUCAGGCGAGAGGGUAGUGAUACGGGCAAUUGCUCAUACGCGACACCCAACGCUCGCAGCAGAAAGAACCAAAGUCAAAGCGCUGCCACUAGCCCAGAUGACAUGCAGAACCGUAUUGACCGUUUGGAAGGCCUAGUACUAGCACUGAUGAACGGCGGUGCCGUGGAUACCGUUGCCUCGGCAGCAGCUACCGCAAGCACCGCUGCAUCUGCCUCGACCGCGAGCUCAAGGGCACCUGCCUCAGGUGCCACGCCGACAACGAGCGCAAGCGUUACCUCAUCCGCCAGAGCCGACCGAGAAGACUACCGACAGAGCGAGAUGAUGGAAGAUGACGAUGGCGACGAAAGUGACAUCGAUAACGGCUUGGCUACUUCUCUGGGAGUCCUAAAGGUAGACGCAGAGAAGGGCAAGGCCAUGUAUAUUGGCACAGAGUCAUGGCACACCAUUCUGGCUAGCAUCUCCGAAGUUAAGGAUUACUUCAUCGCUCACAAGAAGGAGCUGGAGAGCAGCUACGAAAAAGUACUUCAAAGCAAGCCCGCGUCGGCGCGGGAAGGACUGACAUUCCUCUGCGGCGCUCCGCCGGCCACUGAGGUGGAACUCCGUGCAGAGUUGCCGCCCAAGUCGAGUAUUUUGACACUCUGUGGGCGUUAUUUCAACUCAAUGGAUGGCGCCGUCAACAUUAUACAUGCUCCUACCUUCCAUUCGAUGCUCCGUGGUCACUGGCAGGAUCCGUCAAAGACGCCUAUAAUGUGGAUUGGAAUGUUGUACUCGAUUCUAUGCCUGGCCAUGUUGAGUUAUCACAAGGUUGGCGAUGAGCCGGCCGAGUGGAAGGGUCGAUCGCUUGAGUUAGCUUCCGAAUACCGGUUACGGACAGUGCAAUGUCUAGUCACGGCCGACUACACAAAGCCUUGUGCCUACACUGUAGAGACCAUGCUUUUAUAUGCGUUUGGAGAAUCCUCCUUGAGGUGGGACGCAGACUUCGGUCUGUGGCUGGUCAGCUCCGUGAUCACAAGGAUCGCAUUCCGGAUGGGAUACCACCGGGACGGAAAAUGGUUUCCCUCGAUAACGCCGUUCGAAGCAGAAAUGAGACGAAGAGCAUGGGCUCUGGUAAAAAUGUGCGACGUCAUGUUCUCAGCACAGGUGUCGUUGCCAAGCAUGAUCGGUGAGGAUGAUUUUGACACUGAGCUACCUCACAACAUCUUGGAUGAAGAGUUUGGACCCGAAACCAAGGUUCUGCCGCCGUCACGACCGCGGACGACGCCUACCCCAAUAGCGUACAUGAUUGCAAAAGCAAAGCUCAGCCAGGAAUUGAGCAAUGUCCUAAAGGCAACAACACUCGUAAGCAGACAAGUGUCGUAUGAUGAUAUAUUGCGAUUGGACGCGAGACUGCGUGAAGUUGUUGCGGAGCUACCGCCGCACCUCAAAAUGCAACCCCUGGAUGAAUCCCACGAUCCCCUGACACUUAUCAUUGCCCGCAUCAACAUUGAUGUGCUCGUGCAAAAGAUCUUUUGCAUCCUGCACCGCAAGUACCUCCCAAGGUCUCGAGAGAACCCGCGCUACGCCCACUCGCGGCGAACGGCCAUUGAAGCAUCCAUGGAUACGCUACGGCAUCUGGAGACAAUUUACCGCGAGUCGCAAGAUGGCCGGCUACGGUCGCUCAAGUGGUACGUCACAUCGCUCGUGACCAAGGAGUUUUUGCUUCCGGCCAUGCUUAUCGGACUGGACCUUCACUACGACAACCAAGCGGGGAGCUCGAGCCAGGGGCGCCACGAUUCUCAUAGCCAGCAUUUCUGGACGCCACAGCAACGGGCGGAGAUGAUAAAGAGCUUGGAGAUGGCACAGAAGGUCUGGGAAGGGCUCAAGGAUAGCUCGAUGGAGGCUUGGAAGGCGUCCAACGCGAUCCGCAUCGUGCUCGAGAAGAUCAAGAGUCACCAAGCGCCAUCUUCCGGGAGCAGUCGUGAAACCGAUGUCAGCAGCGAACCAGGACCGAGAGGUUUUGAAAAUAACCCAUUCGGCGCGACGUCAGUAAGGGGUGGAACGAUGCAGGGUCACUCGGCAGCAGUAACCUUGGGGAUGCUGUCAGGGAUAACACCGAGUACGACAGUCUCGCAGGAUUCGGCCCAGAGCCCCGGCGGGACAGUUUACCGACCACCGCCACCGUUUGGCAUGGAUGCAUUUGGCAACUUUGGAUCCGGCACACCAGCAGCGAUGGGAGUCGAUAUGAACAUGGACAUGUUUUCUGGUUUCGAAAUGAACAACAAUUCAACCUCUCCCUUUCCGUCCUUCAUCGCCAACUCAACAAACGCGCCUGGUUUCCCUGUAAAUUUUGACUGGGAUGCCUUUGAAACUUAUACGCAAACUACCAAUUUUGCCGCUGACAGCUUCCAAUUCCUUGGAGGCAACAUUGCUGGGCCAGAAGCUGCUGCCGGGUCGGCGGAGGAACCCAGCUUUUCUUUCAACACUCAAGAUAUGCCAGGCAGUUAG